GGUUCAUUAGACAAUAAUUUAUAACAGCGAUUCAGAAAAAAUUGUGAUAAAUUUUGUGCACGCUGAAAAUAUGCAAUGGAAGCCAACGCGUCGCUCGAUGAAAUUUCCAUUCAUUUGCUACAAUUACGGAAGGUACUUGAAGGACACGACAUUCUAAGAAAAUUUGAGUUUGAUGAAAACUAUCUGGUUAGGUUUUUGCUUGGAACCAAUUUCCAUGUACCCGACGCGUUGAAAAGGAUACUAGAAUUUCACCUCCUCUUCCUAAGUGACUAUACCUGGUUUACCACUGAUGGUCCUGCUGACAUAAUUGAGAUUCUUAAUAUGAACACCAUGAUUGGUUUACCGUUAAGAGAUAAGGAUGGAAGAAGUGUUAUACUUGUGAAACUAGGCAAUUUGGAUGUUUCAGUUGGGACAAUGGUAAUGCACGUGCAUUUGUUUCAUAUGUGGGCCGAGCACUUUAUUCAAGAUGAGCUAAGCCUGUUGAAAGGGGUGUGCAUUUUAAUAGACGUCAACUCAUUCUCGUGGGGAAUGUUUAAAUGGCUUACCCCUCACACUAUAAAAACGGCUAUUAGAAUGGUGGAAAACUACCCUGUUAAAGAAAUGACGUUUCACGUGGUAAAUAAAUCGUAUCUGCUUCAAGCAGCUGUGAAACUAGUGUGGCCGCUUUUAAGUAGAGAAAUGCAGUGUAGCGUCACCCGCCAAGCACGACCCGUGCUCGACCGGUCCGUUACAGCCCCUAACACAAUAGAAUAUUUUUGGUUGGAAUGUGGAAAAACCGACCUGAGGGAAUAAACAAUCCGAGGCCGGCAGUUACGCGUCGACCUCUCAUACAAUAAGGCUUGCUAAUAAACAAGUUUCAACAUCCAUUCUUUUCAUCUUUUUCCCGAAAUACUUAGCCCCACAGCAGCAAAAGAUAAAAUUUCAUUUUACGAAUUGGACUUCCUUACAUCAAUUCAUAGACCCAUUGCAUUUGCCGAAAGAGUAUGGAGGGAAUGGUCCAAAUAUCGAUUUUAAAAGUCCUAAAAAGAUGUUACUGGAAGAAGGUCAUGCUGUGAGCGAAAGGUUACGAAAAAAUUUCGUACUUCUUUCCAAGGUUUAGGAUUCCAUAUUGAGUGAAAGAUUUAAGAUGGUAUCCUGACAAAUUACCAACAGGAGGGUUAAUUGGGUCUACUCCCAAGUUGAACCACUCUCGGUGUGCUAGUGUUUUCAUUCAAAGGGAAUUUAUGA